AUGUCGCAUAUUCAGUUCAUUAUCUAUCUAUCUAUCUAUCUUAUUGUCCUCAGUUCAUUAUCUAUCUAUCUAUCUAUCUAUCUAUCUUAUUGUUAUUUAUAUAAAUGUAGAUCUAUUUAUCUAGGUCCUCAGUUCAUUAUCUAUCUAUCUAUCUAUCUAUCUAUCUAUCUAUCUAUCUAUUUAUUUUAUUGUUAUUUAUAUAUAUGUAGAUCUAUUUAUCUAGGUCCUCAGUUCAUUAUCUAUCUAUCUAUCUAUCUAUCUAUCUAUCUAUCUAUCUAUCUAUCUAUCUCAUUCUUUCUUUCUUGUCUAUUUAGGUUCCCUGUUUUUAAUAUUGUUCCUUCUUUUCAGCAAUGUUCGUUUUCUUUCUUUCUUUCUUUCUUUCUUUCUUUCUUUCUUUCUUUCUUUCCUCGCUUUUUCUUCAAUAUCCUUUUUCUUAUUUUCGUUUUGUCUUUCUAUCUAUCUAUUCCGUUUUUUCAUUUCUACUUAUUGACUAAUUUCUCCGUUCAUCGUUCUCUUACUCUCUAUCUCGCGCUGUUCAUAUCUAUCUAUCUAUCUAUCUAUCUAUCUAUCUAUCUAUCUAUUUCGCGCUGUUCAUAUCUAUCUAUCUAUUUAUCUAUUGUUCGAGGAUAA